CUUUAUAGGUUAUAACUAAGUUUACUGAAGUUGUGGUUGAAAAAGUUGCCAUCAAACAAGAUCUUUUAGAAGAAUCUGCGGAAGCGUCCUUAAUGUAGAAAAAAACUGAAAGCACUUUACAGAAUGAAAAAGAGGAUUAAAAUAAAGCGUGAUUCAAAGAAACAGACAUCAAGCCAUGGAACUGCUGGGAAUGAUAUUACUUACAACUGUCAGAUCCCAGAAGCGGUCCCCAUAGACAUCCGAGUCAAGCUGAUAGUGUGUUUGAUUCAUCUCCAUAUCCUCAAGCCUCUUGAUCUUUUGAUGACAAACUUAAUGGAACAGAACCCUGAAGACAUGGGAGAUCUUUAUUUAGAUGUAGCUGAAGCUUUUCUAGAGAUUGGUGAAUAUAACUCUGCAUUGCCCCUUUUGAGUGCCCUCGUCUGUUCGGAACGGUACAACCUUGCAGUUGUUUGGCUUCGUCAUGCAGAGUGUCUGAAAGCCUUGGGACAUAUGGAGCUUGCAGCAGAGAGUUACACCAAAGUGGUGGCAAUGGCACCUUUGCACCUGGAUGCACGUAUUUCCUUAUCAACAUUACAACAACAACUAGGGCGACCGGAGAAAGCUCUUGAGGCUUUGGAAUCAAUGCAUGAUCCUGAAACUCUAGCACAUGAUGCAAAUGCAGCUCAACAGGAACUGAAGCUGUUACUCCAUCGCUCUACCUUACUCUAUUCCCAAAAAAAGUUGCCAGAUUAUGUGGAUGCUUUACUUGCAAUGCUAGCAAUGCUUUUAAAGGUCGCAAUGAGCAGAGCGCAAGUUUCAUUGGUUUCAAGUUCCAAAAGUGGGGAAAAGCACCUAUAUCUUGUAAAGGACUUGAGAGAUAAAAUUAGUGAUAUUGAUGAUCAGGAAGCUGCAUAUUUGGAUGUUAAAGGGAAAACUAGUGUACUGAAUAAGGAUGACUGGUGGAAUUUAUUGCUAAAAGCUAUUUACACAUUAUGUGACCUCAAACGUUUCAAAGAAGCUGAACUCUUGGUUGAUUCUUCGUUGGAAUACUACUCAUUUUAUGAUGAUCGGCAGAAACGGAAAGAGUUAGAAUACUUUGGCCUGUCUGCUGCAGUUCUGGAUAACAACUUCAGAAAAGCGUAUAAUUAUAUCAGGGUUAUGGUGAUGGAAAAUGUGAACAGACCUCAACUGUGGAAUAUCUUUAACCAAGUUACUAUGCACUCUCAAGAUUUGAGGCACCAUCGUUUUUGCCUGCGACUAAUGCUAAAACACCCAGAUAACCAUGCACUCUGUGUACUUAAUGGACACAAUGCUUUUGUGGCUGGAAGCUUCAAGCAUGCUUUAGGUCAGUAUGUUCAGGCUUUCAGGAUUCAACCUAAUGAACCCUUAUACAGUCUCUGUGUCGGCCUAACCUUUAUUCAUAUGGCAUCUCAGAAGUUUGUUUUAAAACGGCACCCUCUUCUGGUGCAGGGAUUCUCCUUUCUGACACGGUAUAUGGAACUUCGAGGGCCCUGCCAAGAAGUAUAUUAUAACAUAGGACGUGCAUUACAUCAACUGGGUCUUGUGCAUUUUGCAAUUCAUUAUUAUGAAAAGGCAUUGGAGCUCCCACCUCUUCAAUUAGAGGUACGAAGUAUGUUAGAAAUCUAAACAGUUAAAACAUUUUUUUCUCAUACUCAACAUUGAUACAGAGGGUAGAAGAUAUAGUGGACAAACAGAGGAAUUCACUAGUUUGCUGGCACCAUCUCAACUUCAGGAAUAACUUCUACAUAUUUAACAAAUCAUUAAAUUACAGGAUCAUUUGAUGGUUUGUGCUAGAUUUCGUGCUAAAUGGAUUGAAUUUUUUCUUCUUGUUUCUACAUUUCUAAUUGAUUCAAUAUUUGUAACUUUAAUUUCAGCAAUCAUUUGGUACCUUGAAAAGUUUUGGAUUUUUACAUGACUGUUGGUAAACUUAAUAUGUAACUGGUGUGAUUUCAUCCCUGGUCUUUGCAUGGUUAGCUAAACACAAAUGGGCAGCAAUGUGGACUUCAUAGUCCAGGCCUAUGGAUAGGAAAAAGCAGCAAAUGUUUGUUAAGUUAUGAUAUAGAAUCAUAGAAUCCCCACCAUGCAGAAAGAAGCCAUUUGGCUCAACGAGUCUGCACCGACCUUCCAAAGAGCAUUCCUCCCUAUCCCCUUACACCACAUUUCCCAUGGCUAUUCCACUUAACCUACACAUCCCUGGACACUAUGAAGCAAUUUAGCAUGGCUAAUCCACUGAACCUGCACAUCUUUGGACUGUGGGAAGAAACUGGAACACCUGGCGGAAACCCAUGCGGACAUGGGGAGAAUGUGCAAACUCCACACAGACAGUUAGGCUGGACUCAAACCUUGGGUCCCUGGUGCUGUGAGCCAGCAGUGCUGACCACUGAGCUAUCAUGUCGCCCAAGAAACCCCUGCCAUUGCUCACUGGAGGUCUUGUCUUCUAACUACAAAAUUUUGCUAUAAGCUGAACAUGACCACAAGCAACAGUCAGCUUCAUUAGAAAAUUGAGCUGGAAACAAGACACGGCUGAAAUUUAAACCCAGGAUCACCCGUUUACUAAAUACCCACUAACCCUCAGUGCCACCUAGUGUACAGAUAAUAACCCAAUGUACCGGCCAGUGUUAUAACUCCUGCUAGAAGUUAUGUGUUUGGAAAUUUGCUGAGGAUAGAAUUUGCUACUUUGUAUAAACAGCACUUAAACAUUCAAUUGAAGGUUGGUUUCUUGGGAAAAUGGCCAGAAUUGUUACCUGUGGAACCAUUACCCAAGCAAGAGUUGUUGUCACCUGGGGAGGGUGUUUUUAUUUGGUUCUAAUAGUCAUCCCUAUAUUAUUAUGAUUUUCCUUUGCAUUUUUGUGCUGCACAAAAUGGCUUUGGGAGUAAAGUGCUUCAGCCAAUGUGUGUUUUCAUAUUCCAAAGGGCACUAAGAUGAAAGGUAGUUAAAAUGUUAAUAAGUUAAGUUCUGUUGUUGUUUUGCCAAAGACUGAGUGAUUCACAAGGCUGCCUUGGUAAUCAAUAAAUACAUAAUUUGCAAAAUAUUGGUGGGCUCUUAAUUCAGGGUGUGCUCAACUGCAAUGGACUAAUGUAGACUCUGCCCAUAUUCUGAACAAAAGGACGUUAACAUAAAAUAGAAAUACAUACAAUGCUUUUUAAAAACUGCAGACUAUGAGGACAAACUUUCCACAAGCUCAAACAGUUAGGAUACAAGAUGAUGGUUAGAAGUUCACCACAAUCAUCUAGCUAAAAUAUUGAAUUAUGAAAGCAGGUUGCAGAGUUAAGGGUCAAUUCAAAAUUUUGAGAUUGAUAAUUUUCUUUUAUACAAGCAUGUUAAGGAUCUUAAAUAAAGGUGGGUAAGUGGAGUUGAGAUAAAGAUCAGCCAUGAACUAAUUGCAUGGCGGUGAUGAACG